GUCUCUUUGUAAUUGUCUUGCGUAAAAACGUAUAAUCGCUCUUUCCCAUCCGCAUAGGGACAAAUGUAUAGCUAUUUGACCUAGACACAUUUUGUCAAGGGCACCUCCAUGAACAACUUGAAUGACCCCCCUAGAUGGAACAUGGGGCCAGACCCACGAGAAGGUGCUGCUGCUGACGGGAACAAAUGGAAUUAUGCCCUCCUCGCGCCAAUGCUGGGGCUGGCUGCCUUUCGCUGGAUCUGGACCAGAGAGUCUCAGACAGAGAUCAUAAAGGUCAAGGCCCGGUACGACCAGGACAUGUCUGCCGUGACCUCCAACCUUGAGAUGAAGUACAGAGACACCCUGACGGAGAACCGGCGGGCAGCGGCCAUCUUAGAGCUGGAGCUGGAGAAGGAGAGGCAGAGGGUUCAGGGGUACCGCCAGGCCCUCAUCUCACAGAGCCAGCAGGUCAUGGAGGAACGCAAACAGCUACAGGUGGAACGAGAGGCUCUGGAGCAAAAGAAGAUGAAGCUUUUAGAAUCCGGCGCCGCUGGGGCCGUCCUCCAACAUGCUCUGGCCAGAGAGAGCGACUGGCACCAGAGGGCCUCAGCCAUGCUGAAGAAUCUGGAGGAGGACCUUGUGGAGAGACAGGGGGCCUACUGCAACCUGCUCCUCCCCAGGGAACAUAGGCUGGAGAUGGAGAAGAACCUGCUCCUCAAGGUGGUGAAGGAACCGUUGGGAACGGAUACAGAUCUGGAGGGAGACCUGAAGGAUAUCUUUAAGAACGACCGCUACUGUGCCAAAGGCAACAAUCGCCUCCUCAACGUGAAGAGAAUGGACAAGAGGAAGAAUGGUAGCUUGAUGUGGCUCUACCUCAGAUAUUGGCAGCUGCAGGUUACCAUGGAGACGCAUAAACGGGCUGAGGACUCAAUACUGGGAGUUAAGAAUGACCCCAAGUGACCUUGAUAGGGUUGACAUUGAGUAUAUAGUAACAGUCUUCUUGACUGCACAAAUGUUUUCUUUUUUCACUAAAUGGUGAAUUCGUUUGUACAUCAUUUUAUGACUCUUGACAACUAGUGAAACACAGUACAUGCCAAUGGAAUUGUCAUUGAAUGUCAGGGAUAUUUUCACAACUAUAGUUUUGUCUUUGCACUCCAAACCCAAUGUUGGAUGAUAUGAUACAGUAUCAUGAAUUCUAGAGGAAUAUUUCCUUUUGAUAAAAUCAUGUAUAUCCACAUUGGACAUCACAGCUGUUUGGUCAGUCAUGUAGAAAAUAAUAGUGAUACACUUUAUUUUGACAGAAUAUACAAAGUUAUAACA